UUCCACUUCCUGUUGCUCUGACUUUGAAGAGCUUGCACACCCAGAGGACUACAGAGAAACUGCUUAGCAGCAUUAUCUCCACCUAAGGGAUAUUUCUUUUAAAAACUUAAGAAAAAAUACCAAGAGCAUUGAAGAAUUAUGAAAAUCACAUCUUUUUUUUCUGCAGUGCUCUUACUGGAUCUCUUUGCCUGCUGUCGUGCGUAUGCACAAUAUCCUUUGCCUGACAUUGAAGAUGCAAAGUUCAUUAAAGACUGUGUGAGCGCUCACAACAACUUUCGAUCCAAAACGAAUCCACCAGCCAGCAAUAUGUUUCGCAUGUCCUGGGACCCUGCUUUAGCUAAGUCUGCCAAAGCAUGGGCAAAGAAGUGCAAGUUUCGGCACAACAGCUACCUUAAAAUACCACAGAAGAUGCACCCCACCUUUACUUUUGUAGGAGAAAACAUCUGGACUGGCACAGCCUCCAUCUUUUCUGUGCAUGCAGCUCUGAAUGACUGGUUUAAUGAAUUCAAAAGCUACGAUUUCAACACCCGUAGGUGUACUAGCAUAUGUGGUCACUAUACACAGGUUGUUUGGGCAACAAGUUACAAAGUUGGCUGUGCAGUUCACUUCUGCCACACAGUAGAAAAUUUUCAAGGACUCGACAGAGCAGCACAUUUUGUUUGUAACUAUGGGCCAGCGGGGAAUUACCCAACAAAACCUUAUGAAGAGGGACCACCAUGCAGUAGAUGCAGUAAUGACAAGUGUGUGGACAAGCUCUGUGUAAAUGCAGGACGUGAGAAGCUGAUAAGUUAUGACAACUGGUAUCCGGACUGGGACACGCAGCCCCGGCCACCACCGCGACCCCGUCCCUCCGGGCCUCCAGCCGACACCCCCCCAGCUGGGCAGCCGCGUUCCUCUUGCGACAGCUACUGUCUUAGUGUCUUGAUUUUAAGGCUGCUGUUUUUGGUACUGAGCGCUGCAGGUACUCUUUUAAUACAGCGAAGGUUUCCACACACGUUUAUAUAUGAGUAAUGAUCAUUUAAGAUACUGAUAGUGAUCACACCACUAUAUCUUUGUCAGAGAACUGCACACAUUUAAAAAAAAAAAAAACACUCCAUUAUUUCUCCAUUAUAUUUGUGAUAUUUACCCACCAUAAAAAGAUCUUCCUCUGCAUUCAGGGAAAGAAUUAAAUGGCAGUGCAUAGAGUUAUUGUAAUUUAUUAUCAUGGCUUCUAUUUCUGUAAGAGCUUCUUAACUCUGGCUCAGGUAUAGACUGCUGGAGGCACCAUGUAGACAACACACUGCUGUAUAUACCAACAAGCCUUCUGGAAACCUGGAGCAUCACAAAGACUUGUCUGAAGGGGCACUCUGGAUCCAAAAGAAGCAAUAACUCAUUUCCAUUAACUUUGAAUUAUCCCAACCAUAAUUUGUCGUAGAUAGUUUGAGACUUAACUGUAUGCAUUCCUUUUUAAGAGCAGAAAGAAUAAAGCUCGUCCUUUACUACACUUA